AUGGAUCAACAGGGCCAGCAAACAGGUCCCCAGGGACCUGCCGGCCGUCGUCUGCACAUUGCCCACCGUCGCAGUCCAUCUGAGAUGACACCGCUGAUGAUGGAACAGCUGGCUUUGGCCCAGCAGAUCGAGAUGCUUCAGCAGCAACAGCAGCAGAUUGCUGCCACUCACCAACAAUAUGUCAACAUGGGCAUGAUACCACAACAGCAACAGCUACCCAACCAAUUCCAGCAACUCCAAGGCCAGAUGCAGAAUCUUAACGUAUCGCCUAGCAACCCAGCUUCGUUCCAAUUCCCGCAACAGCAGCAGAUUGGCCAGCAGCAUUUAGGAAUACCCAUGGCGGGUGGCAUGGGACAGUCYCCUACGCAUCGCCGUAAUCAAUCUGCAAUGCCUAACAUGGGAAUGGGCAACAUGGGCCCGCCUCCAGCUCCCUCAUCCGGUGCCGCUGGAGCAGGAUUUGGAGACUUCGGUAGUUUUGGCYAAAAUCGAAACGAGAACAGCGCUCCUCGUGGCAGGGGUGGCGGUGCAGCAGGUGGUGGACACGCACGUCGGCACUCACUUGCGCUGCCCGAAGCCAAAAAGGCUGCUGAGGCGGCAGAGGCAAAGCGGAAGACUAGCGGUUUCCAAUUUCCCAUUCCUGGUGCAAGCGGAGCGUCAACUUCGACAGACAACCGUGCUGAGAGUCCUGGCAAUGGCGAAGCGGGACAAUCUCCCGCCAGUGCCCUACGUGGAGGCAUCGGCGGCCGCGGACACGGUCGAAGCCAGAGCAUGGCUGUCGGCAGUGGCCGUGGUAUGGCGCAAAUCAGCCGUGGUGGUCCAACUGGCUUCCAAUUCCCYCCUCCACAAGCUACUACCGAUGGUGGCUCUCAUACCAACACUUCCGAUCUGAACCGACGCGGCAGUCAGGGUCAUGGCCGGACGGGGUCUCGCAACUUUGAUAGCAACUGGCGGAACCCCAACCCGAACCAGCAGUCCACUGAACCACAGAGCAACAACAUGGGAAACUUCCACAUGAACCAGCACGCUAGCGCGCAGCCAUUUCAGCCUGGGCACCGUCAGCGGAACUCGAUGGCGAAUCAGUCAAUUAGCUCAAUGCAAAGUUUUGGCGGAUACCAGCCGCAGCCACAACUGGUCCAGCUUCCGCAAGGUCAGGUCCUCGUUCAGCAGCCAGGUAUGUUUGGCGGUCAGCAGCUCAACGCGCUGCAGCUCGCCCAGCUACAGGCUUAUCAACAAGCUGGUAUUCAAGCCCCGAGCCUUGCCCAGCUCACCGGACAGCACAACGGCCCUCAGAUUGGCAUGCACCAGCAACAGCAGCAGCGAAAGACGCUUUUCACCCCUUAUCUGCCACAGGCAACUCUCCCCGCCCUGCUUGGCGAUGGCCAACUGGUUGCUGGAAUCCUUCGCGUCAACAAGAAGAAUCGAAGCGAUGCCUAUGUUACCACGACUGAUCUCGACGCCGACAUCUUCAUUUGUGGCAGCAAGGACCGCAACCGCGCGUUGGAAGGCGAUUUUGUUGCCGUGGAGCUGCUUGACGUUGACGAAGUGUGGGGACAGAAACGCGAAAAGGAAGAAAAGAAGAAGCGCAAGGAUGUUUCUGACCAGCGUAGUGGCAACAUGACUGCAGUCAACGACGCAACAACUCAGCCUGAGAGCGCUUCUGCCGCUCAAGAUGGCGGCCUCCGACGCCGUGGCAGCUUGAAGCAGCGCCCCACCCAGAAGAAGAACGAUGACGUCGAAGUCGAGGGCCAAAGCCUGCUGCUGAUGGAGGAAGACGAGAUCAACGAUGAGCAGAAGCCGCUCUACGCGGGGCAUAUCGUGGCUGUCAUUGAGCGUGUCGCGGGUCAGAUGUUCUCUGGAUCUCUCGGACUGCUCCGUCCCAGCAGCCAAGCCACCAAGGAAAAGCAAGAAGCUGAGCGUCAGGCUCGUGAAGGAGGUCAUGCUCGACACCAGGAUCGCCAGCAGGAUCGCCCGAAGAUCGUCUGGUUCAAGCCUACCGACAAGCGUGUGCCGCUCAUCGCCAUUCCAACCGAGCAGGCCCCCAAGGACUUUGUCGACCGGCAUCAAGACUACGCCAACAAGAUUUUCGUGGCUUGCAUCAAGCGCUGGCCGAUCACCAGCUUACAUCCUUUUGGAACCUUGGUUGAGCAGCUUGGCGAGGCCGGUGACCUUAAGGUGGAGACCGAUGCGUUGCUGCGUGACAAUAACUUCGGCCCAGACGACUUUUCAGACGCUGUCAUCAAGAACGUUGGCUACGAAGACUGGUCUGUUGCCAAGGAUGGAGAGUCGGGUUUGGAGGGUCGCCGAGACUUCCGCGAUGAUAAGACCUUCACUAUUGAUCCCAACGGUAGCAAGGAAUUGGACGAUGCCAUUCACUUCAAGGAUCUGGGUGAUGGCCAUGUCGAGAUUGGCAUCCACGUUACCGAUGUUGCACAUUUCGUCAAGGCCAACUCCCUCGUGGACCGUGAGGCCAAGAAGCGUGGCACAGGAGUGUACCUGAUGAAUAGAACCGUCAACAUGCUUCCACCAAAGCUUUCGAACGACGUCUGCUGCCUCAACCCGGGCGAAGAACGUUACACCGUCUCCGUGGUCUUCAAGGCGGACGCCGCUACUGGCCGCGUUCUCGAUGAUGACACGUGGGUCGGCAAGGCAGUCAUCAAAAGCUCCGGCAAGCUUUCAUAUGACGAGGUCGACGCCGUUAUCAACGGCUCGAAGGAAUCGUCUCUUGGAGAGGAUCGCUCUCGACAGAUCCUCAUGCUUCACUCAAUUGCACAGAAGCUCCGUCGUGCUCGUUACAGCAGCGAAGAGGACGAGAUUCCUUCCCUGCGCCUCCUCUACCAGCUCGACGACGAGAACGUCCCUGUCGAGCAGAACAUCUUUGACUCGAGCCCUGCUCAUGAGAUGAUCGAGGAGUUGAGCCACAAAACCAACGCUGUCAUCGCUGAGAAAAUCUACGCGCAGUUCCAGGAUCGCGCACUCCUUCGCAGACAGGCGCCGCCUAACCCACGACGAAUGCAGACCUUUGCAGAGCGCAUGUCUAACAUCGGUUACGACAUGGACAUUUCAAGCUCGGCUUCGCUUCAAAACAGCCUGUUCCGCAUCGAAGAUGCAGACGUUCGCAAGGGAAUGGAGACUUUGGUAGUCAAGGCCAUGGGUCGCGCGAAGUACGUCUUGCCUGGCAAGCUGCCAGACCCAGGCUUGGAGCACUACGCCUUGAACAUGCCAUUGUACACGCACUUUACGAACCCUUCGCGUCGCUACGCCGACAUCAUUGUCCAUCGCCAAUUGGAGGCUGUCCUCUCUGAGGGCGCCAUCGAGUUCAACGAAGACAUCGAGUCACUCAAUAAGACGGCGGAGACGUGCAACACAAAGAAAGACUCUGCGCACGCCGCUCAAGAGCAGAGCGUACACAUCGAAUCCUGCCGUCUGAUGAACCGACUGAGCGAGCAGCAAGGUGGUGAUCUCAUCUCUGUCGGCAUCGUGGUCUGCGUCUACGAAUCCGCGUUCGAUAUUUUGAUUCCAGAGUACGGUUUUGAGAAGCGCGUGCACUGUGACCAGCUGCCUCUAAAGAAGGCCGAAUUCGACAAGAAUCAGCGGCUUCUGGAGCUGUACUGGGAGAAGGGCGUGCCUUCAUCCGCAUUUGUUCCAGACGAUGAGCGUCCACAGGCCAAGAGUCACCGUCCCACCAACAGCUACGUUGCGCGCGAGACGGUCGCUAAGCAGAGAGAGGCACAGGAAGCUGACCGCAAGGCGAUGAACACCGGGUCCAUCGAUGCACAGGAUGUCGACGCUCUCUUCGACGACGAUGAUGAUAACGCCUCAGAGGCUACUGACAAUACCGCCGGCGUCGCUCUGAACAGCGAACGCGUUACCCAGAGCGGGCCACCAUCGCCAGCCAGGAACGGCUUGGCACCUCAGCGUUCCAAGUCGGACUCACGUGUGCUCAACAAUAGCACUGCACCGGAGGCCAAGCUGAGCAACAAGGAUAAGUACCUUGAUCUGUUCACGCUGCGCGAAGAGAAUGGACACUACAUUCAGGACGUCAAGGAGAUGACCAGAGUGCCCGUGUUGUUGAGGACGGAUUUGACCAAGAGCCCACCAUGCUUGACCAUCAGGUCACUGAACCCUUACGCCUUGUAA